AGCUGUGAACUCGGCUGUUUUAUCGUCUUCCCUGUGGAGGAUAAAAGCACAGCAACGGGCGAUUUUCGAGUCGAUGGUGCCAUUUGGGCGAAAGCAAUCCAUGCCUUCCAAGCACAAGGAGGAGGAGCCAUGGCUCGCUCGCAGUUUGAAGCCGGAGAACUUUCUCCCUGGACUACUAAUCGGUUUCCUCAUGGGCUUAUUUUUUGAUCUUUCAGCAUCGCGCGCUAGUUAUCAUCCCAAGCCCAAGUCCCCAUACCGUACGAACAAACGCGGACCGGGGGCGGAGGCUGUUUCUUCAUCUCCUGCCGGACUUGGCGAAGAGCUCAAAAUGGUCCUAGUUGUUCGGCAAGAUUUGAAGAUGAGUGUUGGAAAAAUUGCUUCUCAAUGUGCUCAUGCAGCCACUGGCUUGUACGUGGACUUGCUUCAAAGCCAUCGCUCUCUUUUGAGAGCAUGGGAACAAUAUGGGCAAGCUAAAAUAGUGUUAUCAUGCAAGAAUCAGCAAGAGAUGAAUAAGCUGAAGGAAAUAGCAGACCGUUGUGGCUUGCCAACUUUUAUUGUAGCGGAUGCUGGGCGCACGCAGGUUUUAGCAGGAUCAAGGACAGUACUCGCCAUUGGACCAGGGAGAAAAGCAGAUAUUGAUUCAGUAACUGGAAAAUUGCGGUUGUUGUGACAAUCUGGACAAUCAUUCGGCAUGUUAAGUUAAGUAGAUACACAAGUAGGAGGGAGCGCAUGGCCAUAGGAAGCUCUGAGACGACGGAACGCCAUACUAAUAAGUUCCUUUGGCAAUGCUAAGCUAGGUUCUUCUGUGGUAUUCUCAUAAUGUACAUGUUGGUGUCUUGGUGUAUGCCCGUACAAUGUGUUUGAUGGAUGGAUUCUAAAUACUUGCAUCAAGUUGUGCUCGACAACUUGAUGCUUACUCUAACCAGGUUGGUCAGUGGUUGCCACAUGAGUUAUGGUGCUAGUCGUGUCUUGGUGUAUUCUCUUAGUAACCUAUAACAUGUUCGAUUCGAGUUGUGAUUGCUAACUUAUUGUGCUAA